GCGCAAAGCAUAGUUAUAAGUUAGAGAGGAACCGUUGCAGUGUUUUUAUGAAAAAUAUUACCAACAUGGGCUCACUACGUGUGUGCGUGCUCUUGCUUGUGACGUUAGUGCAGUUUCAACGUAUUGCUGGAAAGCCAUUAUUUGGAGAAUUAUUUGGCGACUACCUUUGCGACUAUCUUUGCGAUGACGACGAUGACGUAAGCACAACCACGAGCACAAGCCGCGAGGAUGCCGACUGGGAUGUGUUCGGGAUGUGCACCUGUGGGACGCGCCGCCCGCCGGGGACUAGACGGCGAGGUCAAGGGAUCCCUGCGAAUAUUAAUAUGAGACUACCGCCAUCGGCCAACGGUAUGAACUUCAGCAUGACGAACACCAACGGUGCGUGGUCAUUCCAACUGGACGCUAAUCCGAACAAUCCCAUUGGUGGUCCCGUUGGUUCUUUCCCUGGCGGCGCUGGUGUAAUACCUAUUGGAGGUCCCACAACGUUUACCCCCAUAGUAGGGGGUGCAUCUACUGUUGUAGCGACCACUGCCACCACCGCUAAGCCAUAGAGUUUUGUCACUAAGAUUAAGUUAUGAAAUUUUUUCAAAGCCAAUGUUGAUGGUCUACACGAUGAUAAAUUAGCAAAGCCGCAACAUAAACAGCUUUCAUUUGAUUUGAAAUAUUAUUUUGUUUUAAUUAAUAUAAAAAUGUCGAUAAUUAUAAAGAAAGUGAGUAAAUAUUCGUUUCCACUGAAGUGGAUAACAGAGCGAACUAGCGCAUAAGCAGACAAAUCAGAUAUUUCGUGAUUAAAUUAUCUGUUUAUUCCUGCAGUUCCUACCCACUACACAACGUGUCCUAAAAGUUAGAACUUUAACAGUAAAACACGUAUCUUUCCGUUAAAUUAUAAGGACCGGAUGUGUAUACAUAACUUUAUGUUCGAUUUAUCAAAUUUCUUAGGGAAAGACCACAUCGGCAUCCUGCAUAUAAAUAGCAAUAACAUGCUACACGAUGCGCCGUGGUUUCGUGUGGUUUCUUCCUUAUAGUCACUCUCCUCGUCGCUAGUCGCAAUCUUUUAACAAUUAUUAAUCGAAUAUAAAACUUCUCAUCCAUUCCAAAACGCAGAUUUGCUGCGAAGAGCUUUUGUUUUUUAACUAACGUAAAUAUACAUUGGUUAGUGCUUGGUUUACGUAGGUAUGUAGGUUAGUUUAAGUUAACAAUAAAGUUUUGUA